CCCACACUCAAUAUUUUAGAUAGGGCUUUUAGGGUUUAAACCCAGAUUUAUCGAUCUCACCUCCAUUUCCGUUCAAAAAUGAAAUCUCUACUCUUCUCUCGCCAAGCGAUCCGCCGUCUCUCACUCUCAUCUCCAAAAAUCUCCCGAAACAUCCCCGCCGCCACGUCAUCGCUUCCUCACUCCGAUCUUCAUCUCAAAACCUACAACGAACCAAUCCGUCCACCAAUUUCAUCUCUCACUCGUCAUUUCCACUCUACACGCGAGUCCAGACUCUCCACCGCCAUUCACGAAGAAGAAGCCGCCGAAGACAACGAAGACGAUGGGACUACGAACGAGUUCCUCUCCCGAUUCGUCUGGAUAAUGCGCGGGAAAGUCACGGAAGCCUUCCCCGACUCCGACAAGAAGAUGGUCGACGGGAUGCUCCUUCUCAUCGUCGAGAAAGUCGUGGAGGAGAUAGAGAGAGGCGGGUUCAGCAACAAGGUCGGAGGAGGAGCAGGAUCAUCUCCUCCGCCUUCUCCUUCUUCGGAGUUCAGCGACGAUCUUUGGGCUACGAUAUGGGAAGUAAGCAACACGGUGUUGAAAGAUAUGGAGAAAGAGAGGAAGAAGGAGAAGAUGAAGAAGUACGUCCAGUCUCCCGAAGUUAUGGAGAUGUGUAGGUUCGCUGGUGAGAUUGGGAUCCGUGGCGAUUUGCUCAGAGAGCUUAGGUUCAAAUGGGCUAGAGAGAAGAUGGAAGAAGCUGAGUUUUACGAGGGGUUGGAGCAGAUGCGUGAUUUAGACACUUCAAUUCGUGAAUCAGAAACAGUGGAAGGAGAAGGAGAAGAGUCUGUUGAGUCUGAUGAAGCUCAGCCUCCUCGGAGUAUCUCUUUGCCUAAGCGUAAAGGGAAGUUUAAGUACAAGAUCUACGGGCUUGAGUUGUCUGAUCCGAAGUGGGGUGAAGUGGCUGAUAAGAUUCAUGAAGCGGAGGAGGAAGCUGAUUGGAGCGAGGCGAAACCGGUUACUGGGAAAUGCAAAUUGGUUGUGGAGAAGCUUGAGGGUUUGGAGGAGAAGGAUGAUCCUUCAGGGUUGAUUGCUGAGUGGGUUGAGUUGUUGGAGCCUCAGCGUGUGGACUGGGUUGCUUUGCUUGAUCAUUUGAGAGAUGUGAACACCAGUGCGUACUUAAAGGUGGCAGAACUUGUCCUGGAUGAUAAAUCGUUCAAAGCUAGCAUCUCUGACUACUCAAAGCUCAUUAAUUUCCAUGCCAAAGAGAACCACACUCAAGAUGUUGAGAGGAUUCUAAAGAAAAUGUCUCAAAAUGGGAUUUUCCCAGACAUUUCAAUCGCGACUGCAUUGAUCCAUAUGUACAGUAAGUCAGGCAACCUUGAGCGAGCAACCGAGGCAUUCGAAAGCUUGAAGAGCUAUGGUUUAAGGCCAGACAAGAAGAUCUACACCUCAAUGAUCAUGGGCUAUGUAAACGCUGGAAAGCCUAAACUAGGUGAGAGGUUGAUAAGAGAGAUGGAAACAAGAGACAUCAAGUGUUCAGAUGAAGUUUACAUGGGUAUGCUUCGAGCUUUUGCUCAAGUGGGAGAUGCUGAUGGAGCUGCAGGGAUUUUCACUUCAAUGCAGCUUGAGUUUAAGGAUACAAACUGUUACGAAGCUUAUAGCUUGCUUGUGGAAGCAUACGGGAGAGCAGGGAAAGCAGAUUCAGCGAAAAUCAACUUCGAUCAGAUGAGAACGCGUGGGUUCAAGCCAGAUGAUAAGUGCAUUGCUAAUAUGAUCCGAGCUUAUAAGAGAGAGAACUCGUUGGAUAAAGCGCUGAGACUUUUGUUGAAGCUUGAGAAAGAGGAGAUUGAGAUCGGUGUGGUCACUUACACGGUUCUUGUUGAUUGGAUGGCUAAUCUUGGGCUUAUAGAGGAAGCAGAGCAGCUUCUGGUUAAGAUCUCUCAGCUAGGGGAAGCUCCACCGUUUGAGCUCCAGGUGAGCUUGUGCUAUAUGUACUCUACUGCUAGGAACGAGAAGAAGACUCUGCAAGCACUUGGGGUUUUGGAAGCUAAGAAAGAUCAGAUGGGACCUAACGAGUUUGAGAAGGUUAUAACUGGGUUGAAGAUGGGUGGGUUUGAGAAAGAUGCGAGAAGGAUGUUUAAGCAUAUGGAAGCUCGGAAGUUUUUGCCUUCAGAUAGGUUAAAGAUAGAUAUGGGUGCAUCACCGUCGUUUGCGUCUGGAUUGAGUGGCAGAAUGAGACGAUAGAUGUCUAAAGAAAAGGAAAAAAACUUUUGAAACGUCAUCAUUCCAGUGUUCAAUGUUGUUCUGAGUGAACUCACAAUUGAGAGUUUAUGUUUUCCUCCAUUGAUUUAAAACUGUAGUAGCUUUUGUGUUAUGUAAUAAUCUUGUUCCUUUGGAAUUUUGGAAAACUAUUCACCUGCUUCAUUUUUAGCCGUGAUUUUCCGGUUCCAACAAGUGCUUCCACAAAGAGUUCUUGUUCAUUCAGUGCCGCUAUUACCGGCCACGAUUCGAAACCGGUGUUUGUUUAAACCGGAAUCUCGAAUUCAACAGUAGUUUUUUCAGUAGCUAAUAGCUAAGUUAACUUUUUGUUCCAGUCUCGAACUAUUUUUUUACGUCUUGAUC